CUUAAUUUGACGUGUGUAACAUUUAGGAAUUUAAAUGGCAUGUUAAAAUUAGAGCCAUAUUAGAUUUUUAGCCACUAUAUAGGCACAGGCAUAAAAAGGUUACUUUACUAUGCGCAUGUAACGUGUUUGGACCAGUGCGUUAUUGUGGAAACUGUGAACCGCCCACUAUUCUGCCUGCCGCUCUCCAAGUUGCGCUUUCUUUGCGCUCCUCUGGUGCGCUUUAAAUUACCGGAUAAAUAAUGAGAACGUGAAAGCGAUAUUUUGGUAUUUUGAAGACAGACUUUCAAACAAACUCUCAGGAUGUCACUUCGGACCAGGACGGGAUUUUAUCGCCAGGAGAUAAACAGAACCGUUUGGGACGUGCCGGCGAGAUACAACGAUCUCAUCCAAAUAGGAACCGGAGCGUACGGAACGGUUUGUUCAGCCAUUGACCGCAAGACAGGAGUGCGUGUGGCCAUCAAAAAGCUCCACAGGCCAUUCCAGUCCAGACUGUUCGCCAAACGGGCUUACAGAGAACUACGACUGCUCAAGCAUAUGAAACAUGAGAAUGUUAUUGGGCUACUGGACGUCUUUACCUCGGAAAUCUUGUUGGACAGAUUUCAGGACUUUUACCUGGUGAUGCCAUUUAUGGGAACUGAUCUGGGGAAAUUGAUGAAGAUGGAGAGACUUUCAGAAGACAGGGUGCAGUUUCUGGUCUAUCAGAUAUUGAGAGGACUGAAGUAUAUUCAUUCAGCCGGGAUCAUUCACAGGGAUCUAAAACCAGGAAAUCUGGCAGUGAACCAGGACUGUGAGCUAAAGAUCCUUGACUUUGGACUUGCACGUCAGGCAGAUUCAGAAAUGACAGGUUAUGUGGUGACUCGCUGGUACAGAGCACCAGAAGUGAUCCUCAACUGGAUGCACUACUCACAAACAGUUGAUAUCUGGUCAGUGGGUUGCAUCAUGGCGGAGAUGUUGCUUGGAAGGCCACUUUUUAAAGGAAAUGACCACCUGGACCAGCUAAGAGAGAUCAUGAAAAUCACAGGAACACCAGCGCCGGAUUUCAUUGUGAAGCUACAAAGCCAAGACGCCAAAAACUACCUCAGAGGUCUACCUAAAGUACCAAAAAAGGACUUAAAAAUUAUUUUCUUUAAAGCCAGCACAGAGGUAAGUGCUCUAGAGCGAAUGCUGGUUCUGGAUCCAGAGAAACGGGCAAGUGCUGCCGAAGCCCUUGAGCUCCCUCUGUUUACAGAGUUCAGAGAACCAGAGGAGGAGACAGAGGCCCUGCCAUACGACCAUUCCAUGGAUAACACAGAAAUGCCUCUGGAGCAGUGGAAACGUCACACUUUUACAGAGAUCUUGGCAUUCCAGCCACCCAUCACUGAGAUCAGAGACUCCAAAGAAACAUCUCUCUGAGUGGACACAUAAAAAGACACACAAGAAUUUACUUGCUGUAAAACUAAGACCCAUGUGUGUGUGUGUGUGUGUGUGUGUGUGUGUGUGUGAGAGAGAGAGAGAGAGAGAGAGAGAGAAGUUCACUUUUUUUAAGUGAUUUAAAUAUGCAUACAAAAAAUAGAGCCCAAAACACACACCAACAAUUAUUAUUUGUAUGCUAGUCUUAAAGUGCUUUAAAUGGGCCAGUAGACCUAUGUUUGUAUUUAAUUCACUGAGAAGUUCUUCACUUGUAAUAAUACUGCAAUAGAUUGUAUAGAAUCAUGACAUGUUUAGCAUGUUUAACAUGUUUUUAUUAAUGAAUAAAAACAUUUUGAUGAGUGUCUCAUUGUUUAUUAUAAUUGUAAUAUUUUACCUUUGGGUUGCUUGACCUCUUGCAAAAUUCUUCUGUGAACAGCCAUUACAUUUAUUUGACCACACUUUUCUAUGAUCUCUCAAGAUAAACAUAGUCCAAAUAAAUAUCAAAUCAUGUCAAGGCCACUAAUAAAGUUGAGCCCGUGUUAAAAAAUGUGAUAUAAAUAAAGAUGAA